AUGGACCUCACGCUUAUGACGUUCGGCUGCCUGGGCACAUUUAUCAAGUACUUGGAUAAGUCCAACCUCCAGAAUGCAUUCGUCAGUGGGAUGAAGGAAGAGAUGUCCCUGUAUGGGAAUCAGGAAAUGAAUUACGCCAACACCGCAUACGCAGUUGCCAAUAUAAUUGCAAUAUGGCCAGUGAACCUCCUCCUCACGCGCACAAACCCGCGCUGGUUCAUCCCCUUCCUCGAAAUCGGAUGGACGAUUAUCACCUUCGCGCAGUCUUCAAUGUCAAAACCAGUCCACAUGUACGUGCUGCGAGCAAUACUGGUGGUAUUUGAGACCGGCCAUUUCUCGGCCAUGAUGUACCUCUGCGGUGCGUGGUACCAGAAGGAGGAAUUGUCGCGGCGCAUCGCUAUCAUCAACAUGACCACGGCGAUAGGGCCGAUGUUUUCGAGUUAUCUGCAGGCCGCGGCGUAUAAUGGAUUGAAUGGUGUACAUGGGAAGGCUGGGUGGCGGUGGUUGUUUAUUAUUGAUGGCGUUAUAUCGUUAGGGGUUAUUCUGCCUCAAAUCCUCUUCUAUCCCGACGUCCCAGCUCGCCAGAAGCCGGAUCGUCUAUUUACUGCCAGGGAAAUCGAACUGGCACGAAAUCGAAACCCAAAGGAAGGACGAGUCAGACAGGGCCAAUUUACAAUGAAACAAAUCAAGAGAUGGUUUUUCACAUUGGAUAUAUGGCUCCUCUGGUUAAUCUCCUUCUGCAACUGCGUCUGCCAACAACCACUGCUAUCCAUGUCCUACUGGCUCAAAGCCUGGAACGAAAUAAAGCCAGGCUCCUACACCGUCGCCCAAAUCAACAACUACACAACCCCCAUCCAAGCCAUAAUCGUCAUAAUCACCCUCUCCAUGGCCUGGACAAGCGACACCCUCCUCCACGGGCGCCGCUGGCCCCUUCUCGUUCUCGGCAGCACAUCCGCAGCAAUAAUCUUCCUCACCCUCGCCAGCACACCCGUCUUCCCCACCAACCGCGCAGGCCGGUGGACACUCUACUACCUCUCCGGGCUCUGCCAGGCAAGCUGUUCCAUGUUCUGGGCGUGGACGCAGGAUACACUCUCCGGGGACCCGGCGACGAGGGCGUUUGCGAGUGCGGGUCUGAAUGUGUGGGCUUAUGUUGCCGAUGCGACGAUUCCGUUGGGGCUGUUUAAGACUGUGGAUCAGCCCGGUGUUGUGAGUGGGAAUUAUGCCGCGGCGGGGUUUGCGGUGCUGCAUUCGCUGACGGCAUUGCUUUUGGCUUAUGUGCAGUAUCGGAGGGGAGGGGGGAGGGAGGAGGGUGUAGGUGUCGAGGAGGGUGAAGGUAAUCGUGUGGAAGAGGGUGGGAAUAAGAGUGCGUCUGUAGUGAGGGAAUCUACAGUUUAA